UGGUGUAUUCAAAUUAUAUCCCUCUUUGUCCAAACUCCAGAAAAAUUAAAUAAUUCUAUAACUUCUCCUCUUUCUUUCUCUCUCAUCAAUCACAAUUGCUGCGAUUAAUUUCUCCAUAUAAUUACUUUCUACUUUAAUCACAUACUAUCAUCACCAAAUCUCCUCAAUUUUCAUCAUUGAAAAAUCCCCCUUUCAGGAUUUUUUGGGGUUAUUAUUUUCCAGUCAAAAUCAAGAUUUGUUCGCAAACCCUAAUUUUUCAUUUUAUUGCUUGAAUUAUGGCAACAAGAGGCGGCGCUGCCCCCUACAGAUCAAGUGAUGGAUUGAGCACUCGACAGGUGGGCAACUCAGAUGAGAUACAAUUGCGGAUUGAUCCUAUGCAUGGAGACCUUGAUGAUGAAAUUUUAGGUCUUCGAUCUCAAGUUCACAAACUCAGAAAUGUGGCACAAGAGAUUCACUCAGAGGCGAAGUUUCAGAGUGACUUUGUGGAUCAGCUGCAAAUGACCCUUAUCCGAGCUCAAGCUAGUCUGAAAAACAACAUGAGAAGAUUAAACAGCAGCAUUGUGCGAAGCGGCUCAAACCAUGUACUGCAUGUUGUUAUUUUCGCAUUAUUUUGUCUCUUCUUGGUUUACUUUUGGUCCAAAUUCUCCAGACGUUGAGCAUCAUUGAAGUCGUGUUGACUGCUUUGAGAAGCUUAAGUUGUACAUCCAUCCCAGUGGAGCUAAUGGAGCUUGAUUCUAGUUAUCUUUGACACCUAUAAGUUGGAUUAGAUCCUGUAAUUUGCAACAUUCGUUUUGAAGAGAUUAUAAUUGUCAAUAUUUGCAAAAUUUUCAGCCAGAAGUCUUUCUUGUUCUUCUCACCCCCCUCUGGUAUAGCUCCUUUCCUGUGAGAUUUUCAUUCCAUGCUAUGAAGUGAUUUUAGUUGCAGA